AUGGCGGCAGCAUCUCGUGGCUUCGAGUCAUCCUCCUACUUCGAUCCCAGUCUGAGCAACGAAGCAUCCAACGUAUCGAGAGGCAACUCUGCAUCAAGUUUCAGCCGAAUUCCUCUGUACGAAGACGAUGCUCUUGGCCAUUCUCCCUUGCGUGAUGAAGAAACGCCCGCUUCACCCAACUCGCAGUGGACCUCCAACUCAACAUCAGCUCUGGCCCAUCAGCCAGAGCAGGUUGGCUCAGCAUCCACGAUCCGGGCCUCGAGUACCGUUUCCACUGUCCCACACACUGCUUACACCAGUCGCCGAUCCCAGACUCCUUUUCUCCGUGGGGACGAGGGCCGCCACGUCAUAUGCGCUGUAAGCGAGGCGCGAGGUAUAACACCAUCAGUCGGGGUAGCCUUCGUCAAUAUUGCUACUGGAGAGGUCAUUCUCAGUCAAAUCAGUGACAGUCAGUUCUACGUCAAGACCUUGCACAAACUCAACAUGCUCGAGCCAUCGCACAUUCUCAUGGUUCCGUCUGCUUGCGCACCGAACCCAUCAUCCUACCUAUACUAUAUGAUUGAACAACAUGUCGCUAGCGCAAAGAUUGUCCCCUGGCAUAGGAAGUUCUGGUCUGAGUCGGCCGGAUUGGAUUACAUCAGUGAAUAUGCCCUUCAAGGAGAUGCAGAGGCAAUCCAGGUCGCCAUUCAGGGCAACUUCUUCACAACUUGUGCCUUUUCUGCGGUAAUGAAGCAUCUCGAGGUUGAGCUUUCACUCAACAUCGUCUCGCACACAAUGCGUAUCCGCUAUGAACCAUCCGACCAUACCAUGAUGAUUGAUGUGUCCGCUAUCCAGUCGCUUGAGCUUGUACAAAAUCUUCGGAAUUCAAGAUCAAAGGACUCUCUCUAUGGCCUACUUAACCAGACCAUAACUCCAAUGGGUGCUCGGAAGCUCAAAAGUGACAUAUUACAACCAACCACCUUGGUGGAGGAUGUUCUGAAAUGGCGAUACGAAGCUGUAGCGGAGCUGACCUCAUCGGAGGAUAUGUUUAUUGGGUUGGUCAUCAUCCCGCGGAGACCAUCGACCGAGGCAUCCGAGUUUGCUUUGAACCAAGUCAUCAUGAUCAAAGCGUUUCUGGCAUCUGUUCCCAACAUAUACCAGGCACUUGGUCCUGCCCAGUGCCAUUUGCUUGUCAAAAUCCGUGAUCUAUGUCGACCAGAGAUGACGCAACAGGUUCAGGACCUCAUCUCAGAGGCCAUCAAUGCCGACGUGACGUUGAUGAAGUCGCCUUUGGAGAUGCGUAAUGCCCGAAUGUUUGCUGUCAAGUCAGGUUACAAUGGUCUGCUCGAUGUCGCAAGACAGACAUACAAAGAGUGUACCGAGGACGUCCACAGAUACGUUGCUGACUUGAAUAAAACCUAUGAACUAGAUGCCAAGCUCAAGUAUGACACCACCCGAAGAUACUGGCUCCAGCUUAAAGCAGCAGAUUUUCAAAACCGCGCCAUUCCGGACGUUUUGGUGAACCGGGUCAUCAAGAAGGGCCACAUUGAAUGUCUGACUCUCCAAAUGAAGAAAUUCGAUUUCCGCAUCGCAGACUCCGUGACAGAAGCCAUGGGUAUGGGAGACCAGGUGGUUCAAGAAAUGCUCGACUCUAUUCGAACUCAAAUUGAGCCAAUGUUUCGAGUCUGUGACGCUAUUGCGCUACUUGAUAUGUUGGCAUCAUUUGCGCAGAUUGCCAUUCUGAGAGACUACGUGCGGCCUGUCAUCAGUGACACUCUAGGACUGAGGGCGGCACGACAUCCGAUUCUGGACAAGAAUCUCAAUGAUGAAUUCGUCCCGAACGAUGUGUUUUCGAAAGAAGAGUAUCGUUUCCAAAUCAUUACAGGCUGCAACAUGAGCGGCAAGAGCACUUAUAUUCCUGAAGUACUUGGCAAUCGCUUCGGAGUAAUUAACCUUCAUCUUGCCACGAGUACAUCGAUGACACCUCACGAAACCCCAAAGAUGACAAUGCUCUACACUUUGAGCUCAGGAAGGGUGCUUGACGAGCAUUACGGCAUCACAUUAGCCAAAGCUAUGGGAUUCCCAGAUGACUUCUUAGAAGAGGCGGAGAGAGUCUCAAGAAGUUUAAAACAGCAGCGCGAAGCCAACAGGCAGAGCCCGGAGGUUCACAGAAGAAUCAGUCGGCAGAACCUCAUCUUGAACCUACACGAACAACUCAAACAGGCCUAUGCAUCGCAGUUGGAUGAAGAAGCACUGUCCCUUCACCUAGAGAAGCUACAAGAGGAAUUCAUAGCCCGGAUUGAGGCUAUUGAAGGUGAUAGUGACACCGAGUCGGAACCACAGACUCUUUCACCAAUCCAAAGUGCGACAUCCGAGCCAUUAAUGUUCGAAGACGCACCUGCAACGAAACAAGAGGAAUUUAGGAUGGUUGAUCUAUCCGAGGAUGUCAAUGAUACAGAAACGAACGACAUGCCUGCUUCGCCGUUAUGGAGUGACAUUUUUGAGUCUGAUGAGGUUGAUGAAUCGUCCCGAAUGAUGGACGUGGAUGGAUGAUAUGCUCAAAGUCAAUGGGGCUUCUCUGAUCGAGUAUUGCUGAGAAGUGUAUUGAAGGGUUCAAGUUGCUGUUCUCCUCUGUACACUGACACUGCGGGAUGGGGUUAAGGUCUGAGAGUAUCUCGAAUAACCUUGAAAUGCCAUGCAGCGUUAUUCUACACU